CUAAAAACCGAACAGCACUUUAUCGGCAACAAGGCUAUCUUCAUCGACAAGGGAGAAGACGAGCUGCAUAUUCUGUACUCGACAAGAACGACGGUCCUCUCGCUAUUCCUACCCAUCCUCGUCCUGCUGCUGGCCUUCCUCGCCGUAACUACCAACGACCGCGUGCAAUGGUGGCGGAUCGGCCUGUCCGGGUUCCUCUCGGGCAGCGCCAUCUGCGGCAUGCACUACCUCGGCAACGCGUCCAUCGAGAACUACCGGUGCGAGUACGCCGUCGCCAACAUCGUCGGCGCGGCCGUGAUCGCCGUCGCCGCGUGCACGAUAGCCCUGUCGCUGUUCUUCGUCAUGCAGGCCGCCUGGACCAUCUCGUGGUGGCGGAAGAUUGCGUGCGCCAUGCUGCUCGCCGGCGCCGUGUCCGGCAUGCACUGGUGUGCCGCCGUCGGGACCAAGUACCGGUUGCUGCACCUCUCCACCGGCCUCGCCGGCAUAUCCCGCGAGACGACCAUCAUCGUGGUGAUAUGUCUGUCUGUUGCGGCGUGUAUCAUCUUGGUUGCCAGUGUCAUCUACUCUGCUCGGGCCCGGCUUCGCUAUGCUACAAAGGCACAACUGAUAGUUCUCGCUACAGCCGUGUUUGACAAGCGAGGCAGAAUCUUGGUCAAUCAGGACGGCCUGCUCCCUAGCGAGGUCAUCACCGACACGAUCAUCCAGAAGUCAAGCAAUGACGUCUUCGGCACCACGCACCCGCUCUUCCACUGGAUGUUCCGCGCAUCCCGGAAUUGGCCGAGCAUUGUGAAUUUCCUCGACGGCAUGGCAAGCCACGUAGCCCAUCUCCCGACCGUCAGUCGGGGUAACAGGACGCACCUCACGUUGACCGGCACGGACGGUCAGAUGGCCGAGAACUACGACCUCAUCCUGCGCGAGCGCUUCUGCCUCGCCGCCGCGGCACUCGCAUCCAAGACCAACAACUCCUUGUCGGGUGCCGGUGUCCUGUGGGACGAGAUCUUCCCAACCGGCGGCCCGGCGCUCUCGAGGAGAGCCGAGAAAGAGAUCGACGAGGCCGAGAGGGGCGUGGGCAAGAGGCAGCAGGAGUACGGCCGGGGAUCUCUCAUGUUCCUGGUGCGCCAUGUCGACAACGAGCGCGUCGCGCAGAACCUCGAGACCAUCGGAUACCGGUUCGUCGAGCAGCACCAGGUCGCGGGCAUCAUCCGCUCGAGCAUGCAGAUCAAGAGCGCCGACUUUGGCGAGAAGCUGGGCCACAUGGCCGCGUACGCCGAGAACAAGGCCAUGCUCGCCCCGGGAGUCCACGUCGGCAUGUUCGCCGUCCGCGCCCGGCUGGACUACGGCGGCUUCGACGUCCUGGUCAACAAGGACCGCAGGAACGUCCUCCCGACCAUCAGGCUGCCGACCGACCACCUCGAGCGGUGGCAGGCGGAGCUCCUCCGCCGCCUCGACGGCCUGAAGAUGCCCGCCGUCCUGCAGCACCUGGACGACAUGGCGGACGGCCCAGAAUUAGAACGGCAAUUUGCGUCCGAGCUGCACGACGCCAUCACCGCUCUCAGAGACUUGCUCGAGGACGCCGUGUUCGAGGACGCGACGCUCAUCUCAAAGGUCAUGCAGGUGCCCUGCUCCGCCGUGAGCGGCAACUCGCGGCCCCUCGCGUCGCUCAUCGCGUUCAGGCUCGUCCUCGGCAUCCACCACAGCGCCAACCGGGCCAAGUUCGACUUCAGCCCCCUCCAGCUGUUCAAGGUCCAGCAGCUCGUCGACCUGGGCUCGCAGCACCAAGUCGCCUUCUCUCACGCCGUGCACCGCGAGCUGUCGUCCGUCCUGGGCGCAAGGGCGCCACCUGCCGCGGCACCGACUGCGGCAAUGACCGACCACCUCCACCUCAACCAUCGCCAGGGCCGCAUGGCAGCAGCCUUCCGGCGGGUGCCCCUGUUCGGCGGCAGGUCGCGGGCGGUGGCGGGCGGCCACCAGGCGGCGGGCAACUCCAAGCACAUGUUUGCGACGAGCCAGGAGCGGCUGUCGGCCUCGUCGUUCAGCCACGGCGGCGACCAGAGCAGCUACGACGGGGACGCCAAGUCGCCGUCCUUCGACCGCGACGUGCCGCUCGAGAGCCUCAACAGCAACGGCAACAAGAAGCAGCAGCAGCAGCAGUUCGGCGGCAUCAUGGUAUCGCAGCAGAUCACCGUCAAUGUCGACCGGGCUGGCCACUCUGAAUACUCUAAUAGCGUAAACGGCGGCAACGGAGAUCGAGCCGAGAACGCCAGCGAUGGCGCCGGGAUGGAUGGUUCUGCUUCGGGGUUGUCCAAGCUGUACACCGGACCCGAGGUUAGGGCCCUGGAUGUCGAGGCGGAAAGGACGGAGGAGAAGUCGACGUUUGUGGAUGAGCUCAUCGCACUAUGUAUGAACCAGCAGCCGUAGCGGGCGGGAUAUAAGCAUGCAUGUAGAUAUAGAAUCCGUGUAUACUUUGUGUGUAUCCUUGUAUCGCCUCUUCUCUAGCGUUUGAGAUCCCACCUCCUGCCCAAUCCUCGCAACAGGAACCUUGAGGGCCUUGUAAGCUGGGAUGACCAAGCACUCCGGGUUACGUAGAAUGGAAUUCAGGAC